UUCUAAAGAAUGGAGCGACUCAAGAGUCAAGAGAUCGAAAGCAAAGAGUGACAAAUUUUAUUUCACACCACACACUCAUUAUAUGUAUAAAUACGCAAAACCCCAAAGAACUUCUUCAACUUUCUCUCCUCAACUUUUUGAGUAUUCCACACAUACAAAAACAAACACACACACUUGACUUUUCUCAUAUUUCGAUAGCUCGUGAAUUAGGACAAAGACAUGGAGCCUAUGCCUUCUCGGAGGAUAAUGACCAGAGGCAUGUUGCUGCUAAUAGUAACGAUGGCAUGGCUCGUAGCCGGAGACGCCGACGCAGGAGGCAAGAAGCAAGAGGAGCGACUGUUCAAUCUCCAGAAGCUAGAGAUGUUCGUUGACAACCUUCCCCAUAUACCCACUCUUCAUGGCUUCCACUCCGUAAACGGCGUUCUCAAACCCAAAUCUCUUCACAUCGGCAUGUUCUUCAAGAAAUGGAAGUUCCACAGAAACUUGCCUGCCACGCCAGUGUUCGCAUAUGGUACAUCGAAGCGUAAGGCAACAGUUCCCGGACCUACAAUAGAAGCUGUUUAUGGCAUAGACACCUACGUCACGUGGCGAAACCACCUCCCUUCAAAGCAUAUCCUCCCUUGGGAUCCAACAAUCUCCCCGGCCAUCCCAAAACACGGCGGCAUUGCCACGGUGGUUCACUUGCAUGGAGGCAUCCACGAACCAACCAGCGACGGAAACGCUGAUUCUUGGUUCACCGCUGGUUUCAAAGAGACAGGAUCCAAAUGGACCAAAAAGAGUACGCAUUACGUCAACAAGCAACAACCUGGAAACAUGUGGUACCAUGACCACGCUGCUGGUUUGACUAGAGUUAACCUUCUCGCCGGUUUGUUAGGUGCUUACAUUCUCCGCCACAGAUCCGUUGAGUCGCCGCUUCGGUUACCCACUGGCCGAGAAUUCGAUCGUCCUUUGGUCAUCUUUGACAGAGGUUUCCGUAGAGAUGGCUCCAUUUACAUGAACGCCACCGGGAACAACCCCUCCAUUCAUCCUCAAUGGCAGCCAGAGUAUUUCGGCGACGCCAUCAUCGUGAACGGAAAAGCUUGGCCGCGGUUAACCGUCCGCCGUCGGAAAUACAGAUUCCGGAUCAUAAACGCUAGCAACGCAAGGUUCUUCCGUUUUUUCUUCUCCAACGGUCUCGAGUUCAUCGUCGUCGGUUCAGAUUCAGCAUAUCUAUCAAAACCGGUACCCGCCAAAACGGUUCUCCUGGCUCCAUCGGAGAUCAUUGAUGUUGUUGUUGACUUUUCGAAAUCAAAGUCAAAAACAGCAAUACUAGCCAACAAUGCACCUUAUCCUUACCCCUCCGGAGAUCCAGUCACGGAAGAGAACAGCAAAGUCAUGAAGUUUAUAAUCAAGAACAAAUCUGAAGUUGACACAUCGACCAUUCCGAAGAAGCUAAUCGAAUACCCUCCUGCUCACAUAUCAACCUCAGCACGUACACGUUACAUCGCCAUGUUCGAGUAUGUAUCAAGCGCUGACGAGCCAACACAUCUAUACAUCAACGGUUUGCCCUACAGUGCUCCCGUGACAGAAACUCCUACAAUUGGCUCCAGUGAGGUGUGGGAAGUGAUCAAUUUAACGGAGGAUAACCAUCCGUUGCACAUUCACUUGGGAUUGUUCAAAGUGUUGGAACAAAAGGCUUUGGUGAAGACUGAGGAGUUCACGGACUGCAUGACCAAGAGGAACGACGCCGUCAAGUGCAAUAUCAACAAAUACGCAGUUGGGAACACAACCGCGGUGACGGCGCACGAGCGGGGAUGGAAGAACGUAUUCAAGAUGAUGCCGGGACAUGUAACGAAGAUCCUCGUUAGAUUUUCUUACAUUCACUCCAAUGAUUCUUACUCCUUCGACGCUACUCAAAAGCCAGGCUAUGUCUACCAUUGUCACAUAUUGGAUCACGAAGACAAUAUGAUGAUGAGGCCCUUUGCGAUGGUCAAGUGAGAACAAGAGUAUCUCUCAAGAAAAUGCUAAAUGGUUCCAUACUUCAAAAGAAUACGAUUUAGAAUUACGAAUGCGAUCAUGUCUAGAAUACAAAGGUUAUUAAUUUUUUUUUUCUACAGUUGAUGGUUAGUCUAUUUUGGCCUAACGUUUACAGGAUUUAACGGGCCCAAUAACAAAGAAAAUUUUGCUUCUUAUUUGAUGUUUGAUUUGUGGUGGUAGGUGGUAAGUGUAAGAGAGGGAAGAGAGGUGAGUGAAAUGGAAAAAAAAUCAUAAGUCCUACCCACCAGUCAAAUUCCUAAUUGAAUGCUUAUGUUUCUCCCUUAUCUGUUUCUGAACUACACUCUUCAAUCCGUCUCCUUCUUUUAGUUUUAUGGUUUCCUGUUAUAAUUUCUCUUAAUUUGUUUUAUUUC